ACAAUCUGAAAACAUGGCUUUAAGUGUAAAAUACCGAACUUGUCCUUUAACAUGACUAAUGUCAGAAAUUUGCUUAUUUUAAUUAAUUAAUUAUCUUCCACCAUAGUAUUCCUUGCUUUCACAUUUUUCAAAAUCCCAAAACUUUAUUUCCAACUUUAAGUCAGAUUUUGAAUCCUAGACCCUACUGUAUGUAAAUACUAUAUUUUAAUAAUUUUGCAUCAAAUAAUUACAGUAUUUCAAUGUAUUAUUACAGCCCGUAAACUAAGAAGAGGACAAAAGGCUUCAGAAAAAUUUCUUGGGCCAAAAAUUGGGCUAAACUCCACCAAGCAUAAGCAAUGGCUGCUGUAAUUACAGCAAAACAGUGACUACUGGUUCUGCACAUCACCUGGUGUAAUGGCCAAUACCGUUGCUACUCUGGUGGUCCAAACUGAACUCCUACCCUCGCAGACGUCCUCCUCUCUCUCCCCAUUUCCUUCUCUCCUCCCCACUGUAGAAGAUGGCGAGGAGGAUGGAGAGAAGGAAGAAGAAGAAGAAGAAGAGGGAAAAGAAUCAGGUACAGUGGUGCUCGCAGGGGAUAUAGUGACAUCAUCAACAGCACCUGCUACACCGGUAGUGCAAAAUCCAGAGCAUCCAUUUCAGUGUUUGGACUGUGGAAAGAGUUUCAAGUGGUCAUCUAGACUAGCACAUCAUCAGAGGAGCCAUAACAAUGAGAGGCCAUAUCGCUGUACCACCUGUCCUAAGGCCUUCAAGGGUUCUUCUGCACUUCUUUAUCACCAGAGGUCUCAUUCUGGAGAGAAGCCGUAUAAGUGUGAUGACUGUGGUAAAGCAUUCAAGCGCUCCUCUCUUCUACAGAUUCAUCGCAGUGUGCAUACAGGUAUUCGCACUUUUCAGUGUUCCUACUGCCCUUUGACCUUCAAGUGGAGCUCACACUACCAGUAUCACCUCCGACAGCACACUGGUGAAUCCCCAUACCCAUGUGACAGCUGCUCUAAAGCCUUCAAGAACUCCAGCAGUCUGCGUCGUCAUAAGAACGUACACCUAGGCUUCAAGCCUUACAUCUGUGAUGUCUGCAAUAAAGCUUUUAGUCAGUCCACUAAUCUGCGACAGCACAUGCGUAUACACACGGGUGAACGCCCGUACAUCUGCAGUGAAUGUGGGAGAAGCUUUACGCACUCUUCAAACUUGGCGCUGCAUCGCAUCUCUCAUGUAGAAGGAAAAGGGAAGGGUGCUGGGAAGACGGCAGGGCCUGGCUCAAGGUCCGCCCCUGCACAGGUGGAGGUGGUGCUCACAGAAGAUUUGAGCACUGUUGGCAUGACCAUUUCCGAAAUGGUCGGCCUUGUAGGUGGACAGGAGAGUGGGGUCGGGCAGGUGUUUUUGUCUCAUAAUACGCCUGCUACCUCUGGCACAACCAUCCUGCCCCAGCUUACCCUCACACCCACUUCCUCCACUGUGACAAUCACAGAGAAUAUGCAUAUAAGCAAGAUGGACACUGGCGCUAAUGUCUUGCUGUUUAGCUGUGGCAGCUGUAAUGAGACAUUUUCAACACAGAAUCACCUUGAGGAGCAUCAGGCCCUACAUUUAGAUAGCCUGGGGCGAGGUGAUUCUCGAGGGGUUGCUACCGAAAAUAACACGGAAGCAGGUAGUGUCUCACUGGUGGGGUCCACACCAUUGUUGGCAGACUUUGAAGAGGUUGUUGAAACCACCACAGUUGCAGAUAAUGGGCAAGCGACAGAGUUACUUGGUCUGGAUGGGGUCCGAAAUGAGUCAGAGCAAUCUCAAUAUGAUCUUCUGCAGAGCUUCACCGCAUCUGUGAGUCAAAUGUCCUCUGAUUCCAGCAUGCCAAGCUCGCAACCUGCUACAGAAUGUGCCUACUGUCAGAAAAGUUUUAAGACCAGCAAUGGCCUGACCAGACACAUAGCACAGUCCCAUCGUCUUGCUUUGUCUGAGACCCGUUCUCAGUUCAGCUGCUCAGCAUGUGAUCGCUCCUUCCCACUGCUCUCGUCUCUUCUCACCCACCAGCACUCCCACACUCCUGAGCAGAGACUGCUUGCUGAGGCGGAAGCAGAAAUUGUCUGCCCCUCUCUCUCGCUGCCUUUGCCCCCUAAGAAAGAUGAAGAUGCAGAGCGAAAGAUUCAUGUCAGUUUAAUUGCUGUGACUGAGGAAGGAGAGAAGCGAGCUGUGAAGUCACCUGCCAAAGCAUCAGGAAAGGGGAGCAAGAGAAGUGGUAGCAGCAAGACAUCUGCUACAAAUAAUGAGAGGCCAUAUCGCUGCUCUGAAUGUGGGAAAUCAUUCAAAGGUUCAUCAGGACUUAGGUACCACAUGAGAGACCACACUGGAGAGAGACCAUAUCGAUGCACAGAGUGUGGCAAGAGCUUCAAAAGGUCAUCACUGCUCUCCAUACACCAACGGGUGCACACAGGUGUUCGGGCUUUUCAGUGCCCCUACUGUGCACUGACCUUUAAGUGGAGCUCACACUACCAGUACCAUCUUCGCCAGCACACAGGUGAGCGUCCAUAUGUGUGUCAGGAAUGUGGCAAGUCUUUCAAAAACACCAGCUGUCUACGUCGCCACAGUCAGCUCCAUUCUGGUCUACGUCCACAUGCUUGCUCAGUGUGUGGUAAGACUUUCUCUCAGACCUCCAACCUCAAACAACACGAACGGACACACUCCGGAGAGAGGCCAUUCCAGUGCUCCCACUGCAACAAGAGCUUCACACACUCAUCCAAUCUGCAGUUGCACCUCCGCACACACUCCUUGCAAAAGGACUUUAAGUGCCAGUACUGUGGAAAAGAGUUUGUCAUGCAUUCCUACCUGCAAAGACACUUAAGGACUCAUACUUCGGGAGGUGCGUUAGUAUGUACGAAGGAGGCAGGAAAGGUGGCUAAACGUGGUGGGGCUUCGGAGACAACAACACUAAGUUUAAAUGUACCUGGAGGGCUUACCUCAUUGUUUUCCACUGAUAAUAAUUCCACAUUGAUUCUUUCACCCCCAAAUCUGGACAUACCUCCAAACACAUCACAAAAUUAUUUUAUGAUCCAGACGACUUCAGGACUGCAGCUGAUCCCACUGUCAACUCCCACGCCAACACAGCCAGCCCCUCCUCCACCCCCUCCACAGCCGCAAAAUUUUUUGCUUCUUCAGUGCCAGUCUAACAGUGGAAACCAGCCUAACCUGAUCCUGGUCCCCACAGCAUCCAGUACAAACACUCUUUCCACACCUUCAGAACCACAAACUCUCUCCUUGGUGCAAACCAUUCCAGGAUUGCCCCAAGUUUUGGCUCCUCCUCAAAGUCAAAUCCAGCCACUUCAAGCAGUUCAGGCACAGCAGAGAUUUAUUUUGGCCAAUAAUAAUGCUCCACUCAUCACUGCCCAGCCCCAAAGUACAUCAACAAUUGCUCGUCCCAUUUUAGGCACCCUUGGUCGUACCAGGAAAGGAGGAACUAGACGUGGACGGAAUUCUAAAGCUGCCACCCAAAAACCCGUUCAGACUGUACCAGUCAAGCAACCAGCAAUGCCAUCCAAUGCAUCUUGCACAUCUAAACAACCUCUAAGUGCCACUUCUAAUGUUUCAACAACAGAGCUCCAGCACCUUAAGGCCAAUAAUCGACCAGCUCUUUCACAUGUCACCUCUAGUCAAGUAUCUGAAAGCCCUUCUGCCCCUGCAGAUGACAUUAUGUCAGUAACACCAACUGAUAGUUCAGCUGUCCUGAGAUUUGAACCCGAGAAUGCUCUAGUUGGGGAGAAACCUGUCAAAGAAAUCUCAAGAGAGCGCUUUGUUCUGUGUUUGAAGAAAGAUAUGGACGUUGGAGAACAGGGGGAUGGGGUGGAGGUGAAGGUUGAGAUGGAAGGAAGGAAUAAUGCAGGGCCAUCAUAUGUCUUGCAGAUUGAAGAAGAGGGACAGCAAGAAGAGGGAGGAAAUAGUGAGGGAGGAGAGAAUUCAUAUGUCCUUCGGUUUCAGACAGAGGAAGAACAUGAGAGGGAUGGAGGAAAAGAGAAAGCUGAAAUGGUCUCUCUUAACUUACUCCAAGAGUGGGCAGGACAGACAGAAGGGCAUGGAAAUACAGACACUGAGGGAGGUGUUGAAGUAGAGAAGUCAUUUGUACUUCAUUUUCAAACUGAGCCUCAGAGUGAGGAUGACAUUCAGCAAAGCUCAGGUUUCAUAGGAGGACACGGUGAGGAUCUUACCUUGUCCUGCCAUCCUGCUCAAGCCUUGGUGCCCCUGGAAGGGCAGGAUGUGGUCUUUGAGCUGGGUAAUGAAACAAAAAUGCAUGAAAGCACAGGUCAUGGAGAAAGUGUUCAAAUGAUUGCACUGAUUGAGGAAGAGGGCAGUAGUUCGGGAGCAAGAGGCAAUUUUAAAAGAGCUGUUGGGCCAAACUCUGGGCAAAUGGAGGGCAUCUUUCAGUUAGAAGGAGGAGAGGGAAUUGUUAUAAUUGAAGUUAGCACUAGCAGUUUGAGAGAAAGUGGAAUAGAUGCAUCAGAAGUAGGACAUACUUUAGUGGAAGGAAACGAGGAAAAGCAAGCGAAUGACACACAAGAGGAAUUGACAUCAGAGGGGCCAAAAAUUCCUGAGGGUGAAAGCAUAUCAUCUGAAAUGGGAAUGAUUGGAACUUAAGGCUGUUUGAAUUUAUUAAUUUAUUUACCACAUCAUUUUCAUACUGAAAUUACAUCAAGCGGGUGUUGACACUCCUCAUUCUAAAGUGUUGCUUUCGGACAGAUAUUGAUAGUUUUAAAAAUUAGGAUGGUGAUGACAUGACAGUAUUGUAGCAGUAGGACCAAUACCGGACCUACAAGAACACUGAAAACAUAAUUGAGAUUUGUCCUUUGCACAAAUAGACCUUUUAGGACACAUCAUUUGUUCUUAGCUGUUUUUUCCAUAGACUGCACUUUUUGGGUUUAAGCAUAUUGCUUGAAAUUAACAAUUCACCUGGCCCCUACGGGGAGCUGUUUCACAAACCGCAAUCAUCAAACACACUUCAGCUAAAGAAAAAUGUUUCUGAUUGAAGGAAAUCCCUGGUUCUGUUGUACAUCCAGGGUGCACUUAUAAACUAUUUUGAGCUUUGCUGUCAUGUUGACAGUGACUGUAUAAAAUUAACUUUUGUAAAUAUGUCUGCUCUGUUUGUUUUCAUUAAUAAUAUUGGUACUAGAUUAUGAUCAUUACCAAUAAAAAGGUAUGAAUGUUGU